UAGCAUUUUGAUUGGGCAACGCUCACCAAGUCUCUGCGACUAUUGGUGGAACUGGCUGUCAAUUGACUCGGCAGCCCCGCCCUUAGUGGCGUAGGUUAGGCUGCGUGCAGUGCGGCGUCGAGAAUGUCCUUCUCCAGCAGUCAUUUGGACAGUGUGAUGUUCUCUGAAGAGGACAUUGUGGGAACAAGAUGGUUAAAUGGUGAUUCCGAACACUUAAAAAAAACAAAAAAAAAACAACCCCAACUCCAGCUGUUUGAACAUCCUGUUCAAAAGUUUACACCCCCCCAAGAGCUCUUAAUGCAUCGUGUUGCCUUCUUGAGACUCGGUGAAUAGUUGCACCUUAUGUAAUAGUCGUGUACGAGUCGUCCUCGGUGUGAAAAGAUGGAUCUCGAUAUCAUAUAGCCGCUGUUGGAAAGGGGUCAGAUAUACAUAUACGCUGGAAAAGGAAAGAAUGUGCAGGACCGGGAGGAUUUUUCUGAAGAACAGUGGGCAGUUGAACUGUUCAGGACCAACAAGGGACUCAUAAAGAACUAUCGCAAAACAUAAAAACAGUCGUGGAUCAUCCAGGCAGCAAAAGUAAAACACAAUGGACCUGAGAAGCUGAAACGCUGAUCCUCGAUCAGCUGCUCCCCUGUGAUCUUAGGAAAAGGGCAGCUCUAGCAGCUCCGCUCAUCUGAGGUCGGUUUGAAGGCCGAGUCGUUGGCUGACCCAGGAUCAGGGAGCCAAGCUCCGGAUGUGAAGGCUCAUAAGAAGUGGUGGAGCUGAGAUGUCUUUCAGGCAAGCAGAGGGCAUGUCCAUCAUGCAGGCCUUAGCCAUGACUGUGGCUGAGAUACCUGUGUUCCUAUACUCCACCUUUGGGCAGUCUAUUUUCUCACAGCUGCGGAUGACCCCGAGCCUGAAGAAGGUGCUGUUUGCGACGGCGCUGGGCUCCGUGGCCCUGGCGCUCACGGCGCACCACCUGAAGAGACGCAGCAGGAAGAGGAAGCAGGUAGCGGAGAAGUCGGCGCCGAAGACGGUGGGCAUCCCGGAGCAGCUGCUACGUUCAGCAAGACCCGCAUCGCUAAAGAGAGGUCCGUACCCGGGGAGACAGAUGAUGAGCCCGAGUACUCGCAGCAACGACACCAUGAGUGGAAUCUCCUCGCUUGCUGCAAGCAAACACUCGAGCUCUUCACACACAUCGGGGCGACUCCCUCCAUCUCCCAACCAGUCAGCCGCUGUAGCCACGCCGGAUCCUGUGGCAGAAGAGCCAGGGGCGUUGGAAGAUGCAAAUGCAGAGAACUUAUACCUCAUGGGUAUGGAGCUGUUUGAGGAAGCGCUGCAGAAGUGGGAGCAAGCGCUGAACAUCAGACACCAGACUCCGUCCAACUCCUCUGCUGCUAACAGCCUCGCUCAACAGGGGGCAGCACUCACGCCAGAAGGUCGUAAUCGAAAAUUUGCAGAAAAGCUGGAGUUCCUUCUGCACCGGGCUUAUCAUUUGCAGGAAGACUUUGGCAGCACAAUACCAGCAGAUAGCCUGCUAGCUGACCUUGAGAGUGAAGGCACAUUAAUUCUGCCCAUUGUGGAAAGCUCCCACGGGCUUCGGGAUGAUGACGCCGUUACCAUCACGUCAGACGAUUCUUUCUUCUCGGCAGCCGAGCUGUUCGAGACGUUUGCUCUCGAUGAGGUGUAUCAUCCCUUAAAGCCUGCAGCUCUGUAUGAAGAGGCGCUGAAUUUGGUGAGAGAAGGGAAAGUAGAAUGCAGAUCACUCAGAACAGAGUUGCUGGAGUGUUACAGUGAUCAGGACUUCCUGGCUAAGCUGCACUGUGUCCGACAGGCUUUCCACGUGUUACUGUUGGAUGAGACUCACAAGACUUUCUUCAUGGAAACAGGCAAACAGAUAAUCAAUGGACUCUUGAUCAAAGCGAACAAGAGUCCAAAGGCAUUUUUGGAGAGCUAUCAGGACAUGUUACUGUACACUCAACGAGAGGAGACAUGGCCAAGCACCAAGAUGGAACUGGAGGGACGAGGGGUGGUAUGUAUGAACUUCUUCGACAUCGUGUUGGACUUCAUCCUCAUGGACGCGUUCGAGGACCUGGAGAACCCGCCUACCUCCGUGGUCGCCGUCUUACGUAACCGAUGGCUCUCGGACAGUUUUAAAGAGACGGCUUUAGCUACAGCAUGUUGGUCAGUACUGAAAGCCAAAAGAAGGUUACUGAUGGUUCCAGAUGGGUUCAUAUCUCAUUUCUAUGCCAUCUCUGAACACGUGAGUCCAGUUCUGGCGUUCGGAUUCCUGGGUCCCAGACAGCAUCUGACUGAAGUGUGCACUAUUUUCAAGCAACAAAUUGUGCAGUACCUGAAGGACAUGUUUGACCACGACAAAGUGCGCUUCACGUCGACUCAGUCGCUGGCCGAAGACAUUCUGAGUUUGUCUCACAGGCGCACCGACAUCCUGCUGGGCUACCUGGGCAUCGAAAAUCUGCCUGAAGCUAACGGGGCGCUGCCUACUAGCCCAGACGAACAGGACUGACGACACGACUGUAAGAGAAAAGAGAAAUAGAUCGAACUUCUUUAAUUCCAGAUCCAGCGGCAGAUCUACGCUCGUCAUAUUUAGCAGACCGGAAUGUAAACAAUCAGUAACUAUCCUCAGCAGGGCCGAGUAUAACGCGGAACAGACGCUAUCUACAGUCUUAGAGUUUCUCUGAAGAAAUCGACACUCGGUCUGGGUUCUAUGGCUGAAACUCUUAGACUACAGCUCCCGAAAUAGCAGGUGGUGGUAACUCUUGCAUCUGUUACUAUUAAUCGAAUUGUCUAGUUGAAACGGGUUAAGUCUCAAUGUCGUAGAUCGGAUUGAUCUGCGACGGAAGAUUACAGUUUCUCUAGCAGCCUGACUGACAAAACCUAGAAUAAGCCAAUAAGUGAUGUAUGCAGAUCUACAACGUAUAAUCGAAAGUCUUCAGUUCUUUGAAAGAUGUCCUGUAGUGUCUCUACCAGCCGGACUGAAAUAUUCUGUAUGCUGAGGUCAGUGGAAAUGCCACCUUGUGUCAACUUUAGCCGACAGAACGCUAACAUUGUUUUCUCGAACGAUGUCGAAGUGUUUCUUCGUUCGUCCGUCAGAUCACCAAUUAGCUCUAGAUGUGGAUGUCGGAGCCGAACACGGAUUUCCUCCGAGACCGUUCGGGUGUACAGUCCGGGACAUGUGACCGAGAACCGCUGCUUUCCGAGCCUCAUUUAAUCCCACAACCACCGAAGAAGCCGCACGAACAAGCGCACCACGGAUCCCAAAAUAACACUAAACUAAGUAGUCUAGGUCGUGUUCACUGCUAGGUUCUGUCUCUCUGUCCUUAACAUGCCCUUGUAUAUAAUUGUCGCCCGUCGAUGUAUAUUUUGGUACGUGCGUUAUAUGUGUAACUGGAGAUAUGAAAGUAGAGGAGUGUGAGGAACCUAUGUAUAUGUACUCAGGGGGGGGAUAAAAAGUCAGAGGUGGGUUGCAUGCUAGCCAGAUCAAGAUCUUCGGCAGGUGGUUAUCGUCUGUUCGAUAUCGGAAGUAUAAUUCCUGUAAUCGUUACGUUCGAGCAGGUUGUAAUUAUCAUUUAGGAUGAUGAAACGGGUAUUCAGGGCACUGAAGAAUGCGAGGGACGCUUGGAAUGUAUUGGCUAACACUGGGUUUCAUUUAAAGUCGAGUUUAUGGUUUAUUAGCAAGGUAAAGCUUUCUACUGUAAUGAACUGCAGAUCACAAACGUCUGACUGAAUAAUAAAUAAUAUAUAGUCAUGCUUCAAUUCACAUCAUAUCAGGAUGAAUCUUUCCCAAUCCUGCUCUUAUAAUUCCCAGUGUACUGCUGAUUAUAUAUUUUUUUUCAUCUGUGUUAAAAUGCUACUUUUUUAUUUUAAUUUUUUUAUUAUUAUUAUUUUUUUUACUAAUGCGGGAUUAGGAUACAUACCCUUUGAUUUCCAAUACUAUUUUUAACUCGCCUUUAUCAACUGGGUUUUUUUUUGUUUUUUUAAAAAAAUUUAUUAUUUUUUUUCAUUUAUGAUUUAUGACAUGUGUAUGCAUUAAAUGGAAGCGUGUGCACUGGGAAAUUUUCCCCUGCUCUACAGUUUCCUGGACUGUUUUCCCAAGUGCUUGCCUUUUUAUAAAGAGUUGCCAACUAGCUAGCAAAAUAAAAUAACGAAGCUACGUGAGCUGUCGCGCAGAUAGACGAGUCGGCUGCGAGAGGCUGAAGUCUACAGUUGCGCUGAUUCCAUCACUUGGCUAACAAAUUCGAAACCUGCUAGUGUAUAAGUUCUCAUCAGGAAGUCAUAUUCCCUCCAAGAUAAGCAACAAUCAUUGUUGUUGUUUUUUGUUUUUUUUUUAAACCACUUUUUGUAUAGGCUUUCGGGACUAGCUAGUUAAAUUUGGUGCAAAAAUAUAUAUAUAUAUAUAUUUUAAAUCCCAUAAUUCAUACUCGAUACCAAUGACGCGUCUAUUUGAGUCUUAAUGGGCAAAACGGUGGACAUGCGUGUGCACACGUGAAAUUGUGUAUGGCAUCUGAUAAUGUUUUGUGUUUUCCUAUUUCCAUUUCCUCCCAUUUAACUCCAACCAAGUCCUGUAAUGAAGGUUCACCAGCCUUCAUUUGCACUUUAUUGUUUAAAAAACGAUUGCAAAUCCGACACGAACGGCUUCAAUCGGAUAUUUAUAGAAAUACCGCCUGGUCAAAUAUGUUGCCUCUAAAAGCAGUGCUUGUAUUUCUUUUCAUGCGUAUUUUUCCUUCUUGGGAGUGUGCAGUCGUGUACGUUUCGUGCUGAAAGGCGGAACAAUGCGAAGAAGUGCCGAAAAGUAAAUUGGCCAGCGUUUACUUUGACUUAAAUGAUGAGAUUUCUAGUUCACUUGAUUAUGCAGAGUUGGUACACAGCUAUGACGUGGUCAACAUUGAAAGCCUGAGGAAUGACAUUGGAGGAGUUGCAUCGUUUGUGCCUCUGUUCUUUCUAUAUGACUUCUUUCUCUAUCUGUCAUUCUGUACUCGCGUUUGUAUCAGUGUGGCAGCCUGGGAAAAGCCUUCACGUGGAGAAAUUUGGACAUUUUCCUCUGUAGUUCUGAAAACUGAGAGAUGUUUGACUUUUCCACGUUUCUCAACCAGAAGUGAAUUAGUUUACUCCAAAAGUUAAAAAAAAAAAAAAAAAAGAGGUGGAGAAACCUGCAUUUAAAGAUUUCGUUCCAACUGUGGCGUAGGAACGUCAUGGACUGAUAUCUGGUUUAUGUCACUUUCGCUGUGUCACUAUACAACAACUUGAUCAAAACAUGACCUUCGCUGUGUAAGAAAAUCACUUAACUAGUACAGAUAGCUUGCGUUGCUAAACUGCCAACAAAACUACCGGGUGUCCCAAAAGUCUCCACACACGGGGUUAAAUAACACCUUUUAGCAAAAAGUUCAUUCUCAUGGCUGGAUCGGGAAGCUGUCGCAAGGUUACGGUGAGACCCGAGAGGCUUUUCACCUGCUAGUGUGAACAAUGGAUAACUGAUUAUACACCUUAACUGAGAACGGUUUUUAGAAAACCCCAUUGGAUAUCACUGGCUGAAAUUAUAAUUUUUUUUAAAGUGGGGAAAAAACAAAACAACGGUUGAUUUGUUUCCGCAUGUCUCGUAUGUUGAUGUUAAGAAACCAUAAAUGCUUUUAGUGACUUUUUAACCAUGCCUAGGCUGUCAUCCAUGUUGGGUAAGGAGACAGUUUAACAAACAAACCAGAGGCACGAACGAUCUCUGAUAAUUCCUUCCAAGCUUUAUUUUUCUACAUAAUGUCUCUUGUAUAUUAUAGGAUAAGAUGAAGCCAUGAUUAUAUGUCCGUCCGUCCGUCCGUCCGUCCCCCCCCAUAUUGUUGUCAAACAGUAAAUGGUUACUAAUUGUAGGUAGGAAAUUGGGAAACUGACAAAAACCGCAGACCAUACGCGCCAUAGGAUUGGUCCGAUAAACCAUUUGGACACCUUGUGUGGAUUUGUUGUUUUACCACGCCAUCUAAUUUGCAUAGAAUUGGGAAAAUUCCAAUUUAGCUGAAAUCAUGGCUCCGCGUUGGACACUUGCAUAGAAAAUGAAUGGUCAUCUGUCGCUUUGUUGCUUGCUCGUGUGAACGUAGGGUUCAUCGUGUACAAACUGUAGAAACCAAUCUGAUGCUUUUCAGUCCAUCAUGCUACCUGUGUAUAACUUUCAUCUGUAAAGAAGACACUGCAGGAGCAGUACAUGCUUACGAAACCUGCUACGUGGUUUUUUUUUGUUUUUUUUUAAAAGCUGACUUAUAAUUACAGCUCUUAAGGAGAGGAUUGUAAAUGGUAGCCUACUGUACAAUGAGAUGCCUGAAAGGUUCGACCUUAAUUAUUCAUUUGUUCUUUUUUUUUUUUUUCCUAAAACAUGUUAAUUGUAACCAUGAGUUGACUGAAAGGUGUUGAAUUUACUGACGUUUGAACUGUAAUAAUCGUUCAGAUUUAAUAGUGUUGCAUAUUAUUUGCAUAUCUGUAUCCGUUAAAUAUCUUGUUUUCCCUUCGUGUUUUUGUUGCGACGCUUUUACAUCGAGGACAUGGGAACAGUUUUGAGGAAUGAAAAGAGCAAAUGUUUUAUAAUGGAAAGUUUCAGUACAAACUUUAUGAUGGAUUUUGACUUGCUGUAAUUAAAACUAUCUACAUCAAUAUGGCAAUACUACAAGAUACAUUUUAGCUACAUGAUACUGGGUAGACAAUAUAAAUGUAGUAAUUUAUACACAGAUUAUGAAUUAUGUAGAAAUUCAUUUGGGGGAAGCCGUGUAAUCUAAAUCAGGAUGUGCUCCAUGUAGUAGUUUUAUAGUUUGGAAUGCUAUAAUGGGAAUAUUUUGGUUAUUUUGUUAUUGGUCAUUCAUGAACAAAUCCAUAAAUGUGACCAAUCAUUAUAGGAGAGCUAAUCUGACGUUUUGUUACUUAUACAGUCCCCUCCAAAACUAUUGGAACGGCAAGGCCAGUUCCUUUGUUUGUGCUAUACACCAAGGACGUGAUGGAUAUGAGAUGAGUGUUUAGGAUUACAGCUUUUAUUUCCUGGUAUUUACAUCUAGAUGUGUUAAACAUCAUAAAACCUUUUGUAUCAGACCACGCAAUUUUGAGGUGAGCAAAAGUAUAGGAACAGAGAAGUCUUAAAAUAAGUAACAGUUAACAUUUGAUUGCAUAUCCCUUGCUUGCAAUAACUGCAUCAAACCUGCGACUCACUGACAUCACCAAAUUGUUGCUUUCUUCUUUCGUGAUGCUUUUCCAGGCUUUCACCACAGCCGUGACACUACCUCCACCAUGUUUCACAGAUCAGCUUGUAUGUUUUGGAUCAUAAGCAGAUCCUUUCUUUCUCCACACUUUGGCCUUUCCAUCCCUUUGGUAGAGGUUCAUCUGUGAUUCCAGAACUUGUGUGGCUCAUCUCUGUACCAGGGAAUAAAAGCUGAAAUUUUCAACUCUUCUCAUAUUCAUCUUUUGACCUCAAACCCAAAUGUCUCCAGUCUACAGCAAAAACAGUUGACUUGGGUUUGCUGUUCCAAUAGUUUCGGAGGGGACUGUGUGUUUCAGUAACAGCUAGGAAUCGGAUACAAUGAUCUAUGGCAAAAUUAUAAAACUUCUCUACUCUAAUGUGCAGCUCAUCACAUGCUUGUGUGUUGUGUGCCUGUUUAUUUCAGUGUUAAGUGUCUUGUAAAAAAAAAAAAGCCGUGUUAAGCUGUGCUUUCUGAACCUUUUCAUGUAGCUUUUGAGCAGUACUAACGUUGGGCGUCUGUUGAAUUUCUAAUAACUGAGAGUUUUAAUUUGGAAGGUCAUUGUAAUUUGAUGAGCAUAAAUGUAUUUGCUGAGUUACACCCCUCAAAAAGUGCACUGGAAUCUUCUAUAAAAGCAGUGAAUGAACAUUCUUUUGUGUUUUCAUGGAUACUAGUCUGGCAAACAGUUGGCAAAAAAAAAAAAGUUUUAAUCUGAUUUUUAAUCAUGUAUAUGUGCAGGAACCAGGGGUCACCUUAAAAAAAAAAAAAAAAGUUCUUAUUUCCAUUUGCCUUUGGUGUAAAUCCUGGUGGUCAAUUCCGGCACAAAAGUGUUGUACUUGUGUCUGACAUUUGUAUUUUGUUUUUCUUAUAUCUGUACUUCUAUUGCACAAACAUUAAAAAAUAUAUCAUUUUU